GAGGUCUGUUUUAUUGUUAUUAAAAUGAUGUAAGAGAAUAUGAUGAGGUCAGUCGGUGAGGUCUGUUUUAUUAUUAUUAAGAGCAAGACGAAGACUCAAAAAUCAAAAUCAUCAUGUGAUAUUAUUAUUUUGUUAUGACCAAGACCCAAGACGAGCCUUCCUCCCUUCCCCUCAUAAUAUAUAUAUAUAUAUAUAUAUAUAUAUGUCAUAUUAAUAGUCGUUUCAUCAUACUGAUUAACUUGCAUGCUCUUCUACUUCUAAAUGAAAGUGACAAUUAAUUAAAUUACUAAUUGACAGAGAAGAAAAGAAAUGGGGUGGGCUUUAGCACUUCAUGGCGGCGGUGGUGGAAUUCCUCUGGACUAUCCGCCGGAGCAUCUGCAGCCACGAGUGGACAGUCUCCGCCUCUGCCUUCAGAUCGGCGUUGAAGCUCUCGAAGCUGGAAAUCCAGCCUUGGACGUUGCUGAACUUGUGGUCCGUGAGCUGGAGAACAAUCCACAUUUUAAUGCAGGUAAAGGCUCUGUUUUAACUUGCAAUGGCAAUGUUGAAAUGGAAGCUAGUAUUAUGGAUGGAAGUACGAAGAAUUGUGGAGCUGUUUCUGGCCUCAAAACUGUCGUUAAUGCUAUAUCAUUGGCACGUUUGGUCAUGGAAAAAUCUCCUCAUGUAUACCUUGCAUUUGAUGGAGCAGAAGCCUUUGCAAGAGAACAAGGAGUUGAGACUGUAGACUCUACUUAUUUUGUCAAUGAAGAAAACAUCGAACGACUAAAGCAAGCAAAAGAAGCCAAUAGAACGCAGCUUGAUUAUACACAACCAACACUGAAAGACCUGAAUGGUGAGAAAUGGAUUCCAAACGGAGAUAGCCAAGGGACAGUUGGAUGUGUGGUUGUUGACAUUCAGGGGAAUUUAGCUUCUGCUACUUCUACAGGUGGACUUGUCAAUAAAAUGAUGGGCAGGAUUGGGGACACCCCUAUCAUAGGUGCAGGGACUUAUGCCAACCAUCUUUGUGCAGUCUCUGCCACUGGAAAAGGUGAGGCCAUAAUUCGAGGCACUGUAGCAAGGGACGUGGCAGCUCUCAUGGAGUUCAAAGGCCUUUCGCUCAAGGAUGCUGCAGAUUAUGCUGUGGAGAGCAUUCCAAAAAAUACUGCUGGCCUUGUUGCUGUAUCCUCCAAAGGAGAAGUUGCAAUGCCUUUCAAUACAUUGGGAAUGUUUCGAGCUUGUGCCACUGAGGAUGGCUACUCGGAGGUUGCAGUAUGGCCUUCCACAAUGAAUUGAAUGAAGUUUUAUAGUCAGAUUCAUUUAAUUUACGUUUUCUGUAUUUGUAUAAUGGCACAAAAUAAAAUACAUUUAUAUAUUUAUAUAUAUUGUUGUGAUCGAAUCGAAUCACUCAGCCA